GUCACCGCCGCCGGGCCGGCCUGCGCUCGGGGCCAGCGGCCGUCCAGCCCGCGUCGCAUCCUGGUUUGCGGCGGCGCGGAAAUAGGCGUCGGGCGUCCUGGGCGGACGAGACGGCUCCAGGGUUGGUCAGUCUGGCAGGUGGAGGGCCCGGCGGCUGGAGUGAGUGACGGGGGUCGGCCAGGCGGCCGCGGUCACCUCGGAGCGCGGCCUCGGUCUCCGCCCGCCCCCCCGCCGGCGCCAUGAAGGCACUGAUCUUGGUGGGCGGCUAUGGGACGCGCCUGCGGCCGCUGACGCUCAGCACCCCGAAGCCCCUGGUGGACUUCUGCAAUAAGCCCAUCCUCCUGCACCAGGUGGAGGCGCUGGCCGCGGCCGGCGUGGACCACGUGAUUCUGGCCGUGAGCUACAUGUCUCAGGUGCUGGAGAAGGAAAUGAAGGCGCAGGAGCAGAGGCUGGGCAUCAGAAUCUCCAUGUCCCACGAAGAGGAGCCUCUGGGGACAGCUGGACCCCUGGCACUGGCCCGUGACCUGCUGUCUGAGACUGCGGACCCUUUCUUCGUCCUCAACAGCGACGUGAUCUGCGACUUCCCUUUCCAAGCCAUGGUGCAGUUCCACCGGCACCACGGCCAGGAAGGCUCCAUUUUGGUGACUAAAGUGGAGGAGCCCUCCAAGUACGGCGUGGUGGUGUGCGAGGCCGACACCGGCCGCAUCCACCGGUUCGUGGAGAAGCCGCAGGUGUUUGUGUCCAACAAGAUCAACGCGGGCAUGUACAUCCUGAGCCCUGCCGUGCUGCGGCGCAUCCAGCUGCGGCCCACGUCCAUCGAGAAGGAGGUGUUCCCGGUCAUGGCGGAGGAGGGGCAGCUGUAUGCCAUGGAGCUGCAGGGCUUCUGGAUGGACAUAGGGCAGCCCAAGGACUUCCUCACCGGCAUGUGCCUCUUCCUGCAGUCGCUGCGGCAGAAGCAGCCUGAGCAGCUGUGCUCGGGCCCUGGCAUCGUGGGCAACGUGCUGGUGGACCCAAGCGCCCGCAUCGGCCAGAACUGCAGCAUCGGCCCCAACGUGAGCCUGGGCCCCGGCGUGGUGGUGGAGGACGGCGUGUGCAUCCGGCGGUGCACCGUGCUGCGCGACGCCCACAUCCGCUCCCACUCCUGGCUCGAGUCGUGCAUCGUGGGCUGGCGCUGCCGCGUGGGCCAGUGGGUUCGAAUGGAGAACGUGACGGUGCUGGGUGAGGACGUCAUCGUUAACGACGAGCUCUACCUCAACGGGGCCAGCGUGCUGCCCCACAAGUCCAUCGGCGACUCGGUGCCGGAGCCUCGAAUCAUCAUGUGAGGGGCUGGCGGAGCCCCUGUUAUUGGCGAGGGGGACACUGGCUUGACGUGUCACAGGCCCUGGACUCACUACCGUGUCUGGGGAGGCCUGGACAAGGCGGAGCAGGUGGACACCUGCCUUCUCCUGUGGACGGAAUCGGGCGGGGUCCUUGCUGGGCACCCUCCCCAGCCCACUCCCUCAAGAAGGGCCGGGCCAGGGCUGUUGAAUAAUAAUUUAAUGCUCACCGUG